UCCUCGCCAGUCGCUUUCUCUGCGUGCUCUUCCGGUCUGUUCUGUGGUGUAGCACUCGUUGUAUAACAGUCAUUUCAGUAUACUGAUACCACUACACAUCGAGAAUGCGUACAGCUUUCAUUUGGGCCUUAACGGCCUUGACUGCUGUGUCUGCUCGAGUGAGCAACACUGGUCGCUGUGGUGCAGCGAAUGGCGGCCUUGUUUGCACGGGCUCGUCCUACGGCAAUUGUUGUUCCCAAUACGGCUGGUGUGGUAGAACUUCAGCUUAUUGCGGAACUGGUUGCAACUCAGGUUUCGGUACUUGUUCGAAUGUUGCUUCGUCUUCGGCGCGCGUCUCGACACUCCGUACUAGCACUCGUUCAUCCUCCACCGUCAGCUCGAGUACACGAUCUUCGUCUGCGGCUGCUGCAUCCUCUACACUCAAGGUCUCCACGAGCGCUCGCUGUGGAUAUGCGUUUGGUGCGACGGGUGGGUUUACCUGCGCAGGGUCCAAGUUUGGAGAUUGCUGCUCGCAAUAUUCGUACUGGUAUGCAGCCUGCGUAAAACUAUACCAGCAAAGCUAAUUGGUCUUGUACAGUGGUUCUACUUCAGCCUAUUGUGGAACGGGCUGCCA